AUGGUGUGCCAAAGAUCCCUCCUGCUCUUCUUCUGCAUCAUUUUUUCCAUCAGCAUACAUCUGACAGGAGCUCAGCACUGGUCCCACGGCUGGUAUCCUGGAGGGAAGCGGGAGAUUGCUUUGCCCUCGAGCCUUGAGGACUCUGAAGAGAGCAAAUUUUGUAGAGGGGGCCUGAAAGUCCCAAGAGAUAAAAUGGUGAAGCACUUACUGGCUGGCAUCCUGGCUGGACAACUUCAGAAAAAGAAAUGA